UUCGAUAAACCGAUGUGAUAAAAUCAAUUGUAUUCCGACAAAAAACAUCGUAUGAUGUCACAUCUCUAGACUGUACUGUAUUGGUCAGAACAGUUUGCAGUAUAUACAACAACAACCUGUACAUAUACACACAGUUAAAAAUAGCACAGUCACACAACAUACGACUCACGACGCGCAACUCUUGUGUUUACGUUCUACUCUUACAAAGAAGUUAAAUUUCAUUUAAAGUAUUCUUUACGGUACGGUCUAAGUUACAUGCCUCAUUUGUUUGAAUGGCAUUAGUAUAAAUUGUAAUUUCUAUACACACUCGUAAAGAUGAUGAAAAAUCUGGAAAUAGUCAAUAGAGCUAUAAAACUACUAGAAGUUACAUCUAAAUAUUCAAGUAUUUGUGCUAGAAGAUUAAAUGCAUGGGCACAAGAUGGAACAAUAAAAUCUCCGUAUAAAAAUAUUGAAAUACCAAACUGUACUCUAUAUGAAUAUGUAUGGCAGAAUCUGGAGAAAUGGCCCGAACGUACGGCAUCGGUUUGCGCAUUAACCGGUCGUGGGUACACAUACGAGCAAGCAUUCAAAUUAUCAAACACAUUCGCCGCUAGUCUUAGAAAUAAGUUUAAAUUACGUGAUGGUGACACGGUAGCUGUUAUGUUACCCAAUAUUCCCGACUUUCCCCUCGUUGCAUUGGGAAUAUUAGAAGCUGGUGGUGUUAUAAGUACAAUAAACCCUAUAUAUACCCCACAUGAAAUACAACGCCAACUGAUACUAAGUGAAGCAAAAGCAGUUGUAACUAUCUGCGAAACAGCGAACAAAGUUAAAGAAGCUAUAAAAUUAGCAAAAUUGAAUAUUCCUAUAAUAGCUGUAAAGACUAACGGAGAAUCAGUACCACAAGGUAUAGUUUCGUUCCAUGAAUUAACAGAAGACAUGCAUGUAGAUAAGUCCUGCUUGAAAGAAGUCAGACGAAGUAUUGACGAUAUUUGUUUCUUGCCAUAUUCAAGUGGAACUACAGGACUUCCUAAAGGCGUAGAACUAUCUAGCAAGAACUUAAUAGCAAAUUGUGAACAGAUUAAUGAACCAUUUAUUAGAUGUCAUAGUGAUACUACUGGCACACACCAGGAUGCUGUUAUGACAGUACUGCCUCUAUUCCAUAUAUACGGUGCUUCAGUGUUGAUGUUUCACAAAAUGUCACAAGGUAUAAAAUUGGUGACGAUGGCAAAGUUUCAACCGGAAACUUUCUUUGAUGCACUAGAAAAAUACAAGACAAAUGUUUUAUUUGCCGCACCACCUCUGGUGAUAAUGAUGGCGACCCAUCCUGCUGGUUCACCGGAGAAGUUCCAGUACUUAGAAACAAUCGUGAACGGCGCCGCGCCGCUAUCGGAAACCGAUGCAGAAAGGUUCUUCACUAAAUCAAAGCGUAAGCUAGAUUUCCGGCAAGGUUAUGGAUUAACCGAAACCUCACCAGUUGUUACCCUAACUCCUCGUGGCAUGGAUAACUAUGGUUGUGUUGGAUACCCAAUACCUAACACGAAUCUAAAGAUUGUCAACAAUGAAAUGAAGACUUUGGGUGCCAAUGAGAAAGGCGAGCUGUUAGUGAAAGGUCCACAAGUAAUGAGGGGGUACAAAGACAACGCUGCAGCGGACAAAGAAACAUUCACUGAAGACGGCUGGUUCCGGACAGGAGAUCUGGCGAUAGCGGACCACAUGGGCAUUAUCACCAUAUCGGAUAGACUGAAGGAAUUAAUCAAGGUUAAAGGCUUCCAAGUGCCUCCGGCGGAAUUGGAAGCAGUUCUUCGUGAACAUCCUGACAUCAAUGAGGCAGCGGUUAUCGGUGUACCUCAUCCAACUAAAGGCGAAUCUCCUAAAGCUUUCAUUGUUCUAAAAUCAAACGCUAAUACUAGUGCUAAAGAAAUCAGUGAAUUUGUUGAAAAGAAAGUAGCACCUUACAAAAGAAUUGACGAAAUAACAUUCAUAGAUAGUAUACCAAAAAGUUCGGCGGGAAAAAUUUUAAGACGGGAAUUGAAAGAUAAAUUCUGAUAAGAAAUUUUAAUAGUAAGAGUCAAUAAUCAAGUGAGAUAUUUCAUUGAACAAAAUAAAAUUCUAAUGUAUUUCUUUAAGAGUUAUCCAAAUUUUAUGAGCGGAAUCCAUAGCAAUCCAAAAAACUGUAAGCUGAAAAUAUUUACUUAACACCUUUCGUUCAUAUACUUGAUAUUGUUUUCUGUAGAAUGAAAUGAAUACUAUAAAAUGUAUUGGAUUCUUUAUCGUGCUCUUUGAAGUGAUUAUUAUCUAUCUUAUUAUAUAUA